CCAGGAGCCAGGCGCGUGCGUGAGUCUGUGAACAGCUUCAAAAUGGCGACGCAUAUAAGCCGCUCAGGUUCAGCCGGCUGGCCCAAAAGCGCGCCACAGAGUCAGUACACAGGAAAGUACUUGGGAUCCAAUCCGUCGAACCUACUAAACUUCACACUGAACCGAACUGUCAACCUGUAUCCUCUCACGAACUAUACGUUCGGCACGAAAGAGGCGCUAUAUGAACGAGACAGUUCUGUGCCGGCGCGGUUCCAGCGCAUGCGGGAAGAGUUUGAGAAGAUUGGCAUGCGGCGGUCCGUCGAGGGUGUCCUGCUGGUCCACGAGCAUGGUCUCCCGCACGUAUUGCUAUUACAACUGGGAACCACAUUUUUCAAAUUACCUGGCGGGGAACUCAACAUGGGAGAAGAUGAAGUGGAGGGGCUAAAACGGCUCAUGACUGAGAUCCUGGGCCGGCAAGAUGGUGUAAAGCAGGAUUGGGUCAUAGAAGACACUGUUGGUAACUGGUGGCGUCCAAACUUUGAACCCCCGCAGUACCCCUAUGUUCCACCGCAUAUCACAAAGCCCAAAGAACAUAAAAGGCUGUACCUUGUUCAGCUUCCUGAAAAGGCGCUUUUUGCAGUCCCUAAAAACUACAAGUUGGUGGCUGCACCAUUGUUUGAGCUCUACGACAAUGCGCAAGGAUAUGGCCCCAUCAUCUCCAGCCUCCCGCAGGCUUUAAGCAGAUUCAACUUCAUCUAUUUGUGAAUAAUGAAAUUGGACGUCUCAAAAGAAAACUUUCUCUUCUGGCAUUUCACACAUCAGUCUGGCCAUAGGGAGCUCUCGUAAGGGCUGCUAUUAUCAUCCAUGAGUAAGGGACGUCAUGCCCAGCACAUCUCCAGUGCGCCCACUCAUUUGCAGCCAGCUUCACCAGCCAGAGCACUUCAGCUAUUUUAUUUCGUACUAGAAUAAAUGUGUAAAGAUACUUACUAAGCUUUAGCUUUACAGCAUCUGCUCCAGAUCGUCAUGCGGCUUAUUUUUCUUGUUCCUUUAUUUUCACACGCAUAAGUGAUCGUGACUGAAAAUGUGUGGAAAAUAUUGUGUUAACAUGAAUGGACUAAAGGAAUUGCCUGCUAUCAACCUAGUACCAGGUUCUCUUGAUUUUACCUGCACUUUUCGUGCUCGUGCAGAACAUGCGAGCUCGCCACCUCAUACACAAGGCCUGCAGUAUUUCUUCUGCAUAUGUACAGGAAACGUACACUGUAUGAAAUGAAUGCAGCCUGCAGAUGCUGCCUUGCUGGACUGGUUAUACAAAUAGCAUAAUCUCCUGAACUAGUUCAGAAAGCACAAAUGAUUCUAAUGGGCCUGCUGCAUUCCUCCUUGAGAUUGAAAACACUAACUCAGAAUGCAGACGAUCAAGCAGAUUACAGCUCAAACUAGUUGUGCAGAGUAUCUUAUACCUAACAUGCCUGCAAAAGGUAGUUGGGGACAUGUGCCUGUAAAUAGCAGAUGAUGCGUGUGCAUUCAGCAUAAAUUUGAGCACGAACAAGCCUGAACAUUUCUAUGUUUAACAUCGCAAUGUUGACAUGUUCCAGGUAGACAUAGCAAUCUGUAAAUUGAGCAUUAUUACCAACCUGUUUUUACAUUGCGCUUCUUGGGUGACUGUGUGUGUGAGGAAUCCCAAUUUAUUUUGCUUGUUUGUGUCGCUGUUUAUGCUGAUUCUGCAUAGUGCAUCUUUCCAAUUGUCUGUUCUGCCCGGUGUGGUAGAAACUAUUGCACCUAGUCCAGCUGCUGCUUGUGUCAUGUUCUGCAUUUCUUCCUCUUGGGGUACAAAAUGCACAUGCUCCCAUGAAUCAUUAUUUCUUUUCCAUUUUCAUCAAGGCACAUACAUCUGCAUGUUGAAGCAUUCUAUACUUUACUAGAAUUGUGUAAUUUAGUUUGUUUACAGGAAGUGUGUUGCUGUGUGCGCUUUUCUGUGGUGUACCAUUAGUCGUUGGUAUUUAAGUGCUAGUAAAUUGUGUUGAAUGCACAACAUGCUUUGCACAUAACUUAUUAGUACGUGACUCAGCUUUUAUUAAUUUGCAUCACAAAUGCACAAAAUGAGCAAGUAUAAGCAUUGCUUGAGUUUCACUUGUGGAAGCAUGGAUGUGGCGUUUAGCUUUGUGUAGAUAGUUGGAUUGAGCAACAUGGCAAGGCUUACACCAGCUGGAAACUUCAAGAGGAACUUCAGCUCGGAUGAUAAUCUUUCCAUAUCAUUGAAGUAGUUAAUUAAACUCUUGAAUAUGGAAGGUCAAAUUUUUGUGACUGAUGAGAGUAGACUAUUGAUAAGUACAUGUGUGCCUUGCUUUUUUAGUCACAAAUUUAGGGAAGUCGUGGAAAAUAUAGUAAGGUUACAGCUCUGAAAUAAAGUAUCUUUUCAGAAAGCUAUAUGCAAUGGUGUUUAAAUUAACAUAAAUGGGAUAAUUUAAAAUUGAAGACAGGAUAUUGUUCUUCCCUAAUGAAAGUUUUGGAGAAGUCGUUACAUUAUUGUUGCCAAACGGGAAGCCUCAGAUCCUGAAGCAGUCAUUUCGACCAGCGGACUUGUCCUUGUAAGAAACUCUGAUGCCCUGAUGAGAAAAAAAGUCCUGCUGUCAAAAUGCUGCCUCCAUGCUGAGGCUUUCCUCUUUCACCCAGUGUGCAUCAAGUGGCCUCCACCAUCGGUCUUCCUCACAAUUUUAAAUUGUUUUUGGUGCCGAGUUCAAGUGGUAAACAGAUGUUUCAAAAGUCUGGCUAUCUGAGUGAAGUGGUUCAGCAUGCAUGCCAGCUGGAGGCAAGCAGUGAAUGCUAGACCCUAUUGUUUUUCAUGCGGCAUGUUGCUGUGCAACUGUCUUCACCAAAGCACAGGCAUUUGCAUGCUGUGGAGGAGCACCAUGCAAGUGUGCAUUUGCUUAUUUGGUACGAUUGCACAGCCAGUAUCUGUGUGGUUGCACUACAGGAGUGUGCUGUUAGAGUAUAGAGGUGCAUUAUUUGGCCAAAGCUUUGUUCAUGUGCUAAGCGGAAGAUGUGUGCAUGUUCAUCAAUUUUUAUCCCAUGGCAUCGCAUUUGAAGGCUGUAAAGCAAAAGCCAGCAAAUCUGCCAAGCCUUUCUGCACAUGUAUCAUAUGUUGCUUGCUGUUUUUAACACUUAUCUGUCAUAUUAUCUAUGAAAAGGUGGUUUUGGAGUCUCGACAGUGCAUGUUUGCAUCAGCAGCAUCGAGUAUGAGCCGAUUAUUUUUUUUCUUUACUCAGAAUUUUCACUGACAAGGCAACAAGUGGUAUUUUUCUGUGCAAGUCAAGGAGAUUGUCCACAAUAGUACCUGCUUUGUGCUGAAGGCAUUCCCAGCAUUUGUGUAACGUUGGCCAGCUUUUCUUUUUUUUAAUCAUCACAUGCAUUAAAAGUAGGGGUGUGUGAAUAUUCAAAAAUUUUGAAUAUUAUUGAAUAUUAUAGUUUAAUAUUCGUACUAGAUUCGAAAACUAGGUAUUGGAAAUUUUUUAAUAUUUAACUGGAUACGAAUAUUCGAAACAAAUUGAAUAUAUUGCUAUCUUUGCGGCAGCAAACAAGGUUCUUGGCACUUAUUUCUGUCUCAUCUAUGAAAGUGCAUCUGACCUUGUGCUGAAUUUCAUAAUUUCAUGCUCCUGGUGAAAUUUCGCCCUUUAAACAUGCUUAGCCACAGGACGUCUAAGCUAUGCAGGAAAGCCAGCCUCUCAAUAGCAAGGGACGCGGAUUUGCAAACGGCGAGGGUGCACUCUUUUGCAGUUCCACCCGCAAUCCUGGGCUUCUUGCUUGACAGCAAAUGCGAUGAGUGACGACUGGUACAGUGUCAACUGCCUCCAAGUUAGCAGGAAAUCGAUGCGGUAUAAGGCGCAGGUUGCCAAGAACAGACAACUAAUGGAAAUUACUGUUUUCCAAAGCUAACAUCAGCCAAAUCCAGUCUUUUAGUAUAAUGGCUUAUUAAUUUAAUUUUUUGGACAAUGUAAUUGCAAUAUUCCAACAUGUUAAAAUAAACCAACUUGCUAAUAAAUGCAUCUGCAUAUCAUUAUUCAAUUUGAUAUUCGAUGCUAAGUAUCUGUAUUCGAUUAGUAUUCAAGAUUUUUUAUAUUCACGCGCCUAAUUAAAAUGUGGAGUAUUCGCGUCACUGAGCAGUACUUUGCUUGACUGCAGUUUACACAUUAUGCUGCUGUAUAUGUCUGAAGUGAAUCAUUUCCUAAAUGAGGAUAUUGUUCUUCUUUCCCUGCCAUGUUUGUUGAUUUUGUUGGUGUAGUUCACUGUCCUAAAUAUGAAAAACCACCACUUUUCAGUAAUUGAUAUUCACUGAUGUACAGUCUGUGCCAGUAUGAAAAAGGGAACACUUUAUUUGUGUCAUAACAGCAAUUCUUGCAAACAUGCUAGUUGGAGCCUCACUCUGCUGUUUCUUAUGCAGUUCUUGUGUUGUGGAAAUCCCAUAUUAUUUACCUUUUUAUUUCAGUGCACGAACAAGGAAAAUUACCGGUUUAAACACAAUUCUAGUGUUCCUUUCAUAUUGGGGUACCAUGUACAUGUGAACAAGGUAUGACUGUACAGCCGAUCACACAAGUUCUUGAAGCAUGAAAUUAGUGAGAAAAAACAUUUAUUUUCAAGCAACUUUGCCACGCUGUCUGAAAUUUGGAACAGUGUGAUGGUCGUACAGCAAAGUAUCCACUGCACUUCUCAAUUGGAGGGCAGGUGCAUUUGCGACAGAUAAAUGAUGCUUUGUCUUGGAUCCUUUGCUCAUAACACUUUUGCAGAUGGCAGUAUUGGGCAUAGUGGGCCACUGAUCCUACAAAGGACUUCAAAAAGCACUGAAAUACAUUUCGAGCAUGCUUGUAGGCCAUUUGAAACAAGAAUGAUAAAUGCGUGAAUCAACUACAAAAUUAUGUGCGUAUGGGAUUCUUAUCCCAGUGCACAGACGUGAUCCAGUUGAACAGGUAAAGCAGCACUUGCAUACUUAUACAUUAAAAACUCUGCCAUUGGCAAAAUUGUCUGCUUUUGCCAUUCUCAAACUCUGUAUUUAGAAUUCAAGAAUUUGUUGCAGGGACUGCAACAAAUUAGCCACUGCAGGUUAAGCCAUUGACUUGUUUAUUGCAUAUAGGUGAACAGUGCAUAACGUCUUAUUUUUGUGUAUGUUAUGUCAAUAUUUGAUUACUUCAUGAUCAUAUGGUUUCUGCAGAUUUGAGCUUCUGUGACAGUUUCAGUGACUGCUGCUGGUAGUAUGAAGAGCUGUCAGGUAGAUGAAAAUGUUGCCUUUUCUUUAAAAAAUAAAAAUACAUAAAUUUAGAAACAAAGCUGAAACUAAACUGGACAUUUGCAUUGGCAUGAAGCAUUGAGCACCGCCACUAAAAGCACAUACUUCUGAUCCAACUUUCUAUCUUUGGACAUACUGGUAUAUGGUGCCAUGGUAUCUCCUUGCUCCUGGUCAUGUUCUAGCAACUUUCUUUUUUAUAUGUGGCACAUUUCUAACAGCUAUGAAGCAUUAAAUGCCAUUCCUUUUGUCAAUUGCUUGGUUGUAAUUGGUAGUUACUCUACACCGUUAUGAUGGGUGGAUGCAAGAUGUGGCAUGAAAUCUCUGUUUACUUUCUUGCCCAAUAAUUGUGUGUCCUGUGAUCAUGUGCAGUUUGCAUGUUUUCUGCUGAGUAAUUUUGUUUUUGAAAUCUGCAGUAAAGUGUGAGCAGCAGAAAGGAACAUCUGGAUUUACAUUGAAAUAGGAUGUCUCCCGAAAAAUAUUUCAUAGCCUUGUCAGAUGUGUAUUUUGUGCUGCCUUACUGAAAAUGUUCAGUUGUGACCCAGCGUUCAUUCCACAAAAGUUCAGAUGUUUCCACAUUUAAACUACCAUAUUUUGUAACAGGGCUUUAACUGUGUCAAGCAACUGUCAUGACAAAAGUGAAUAUAAAGCCUUGUCUACUAGGUAACUAAAGUUGAUCCUUGUUUGACAGCACUUUCGACUGCUGCCUGACCAAUACAGCAAUGUCACUUAGCUUGUGUCCUUGUUGAAUUGGCCCAUUGUGUACUAUAGUGUUUGGUACAUGUAAAAAAUGCAACCUUUAACUAGAGCAUGUUUCAGAGCAAACUAGUGGUGCCAGCACACAAAAGGACAGAUCAAAGCAGAAAGGAGGACAGGAUCAAAAAUUUGCCGUCCACUUGACUGGUAUGGUGUUACACGAAAAAUUUAUACAGGGCCUUGAGAAAGUUCAGAAUCGUAGUUUAGAAAAAUUCCUGCUUUAUAGUAAGUGUCCACUGUAUGUAGACGAUGACUAUGAAGUCUUGUACAACCUUCCAUUCAUGAAUCCAUUCCAUUCAUGACCUUGCAAAUUUCCACAGAACUUAUCUGCUUAUUGUUUGUAAUAGCUAACUCUCCUAUUGUUGCGGUUUGGCAUUUAACCCAAGCAUUUUGGUGACAGCACAUUUUACUUUCCACUGUAUUUUCUUCCUCCACUUGCUUUCUUUCUUUUUAAGCACCUUUUAAAUUUUUACUGCCUGUGUUGUCAUCAACAUCCAACAAGCUUUUGAAACUAAAGGUGUGGAUUGAAUGGCCAGGCACAAGGCUGUUGGUGCUGAGUGAAAUACAAGACCACUUUAUUUUGGCAUGAUGGUGACAACUGUUAUGAACUCGUCACAGUACUUGUGAACCUUGGCGGCAUUGUCUCUGACCAAAUCUACCUUGGGCGCUGAAGCAGAACACUCCCCCUUUAAUAAUAGUUGUAAACUCUUCACAAUACUUGUCAUCCUUGAUGUAACCAAAUCCUCUACAGCUGCCGGAGUAAAAGCAAGACACCCAGAUCUACCAAAACUCCCUUCGUUUUUGACCAGCUGCUGUUUGGAAAUUGUCACAGUACCUGUGUAUCUUGAUAGCAUUCUUCAAACCAAAUCAGUUGCUAAUAUGAAGGCCUUUUGUGACAUGUUUCAAAUAUCCUUGUUGACACCAGCUUGCUCUGAAACACUCUGUCCAAAGGAUCCCCUGUUGCCCCUCUUGCUGAUAGUGCUAGCACAAGUCAGAGCUUGAAAGUGACAAAAGUAAUUUCGUUGCAACCCAAGCACAUGACGAGGAAGGAAUGCAUACAUGUCUCUGUACAACUGAAGCAUUGCUUCCCUUGCCCACUCGGGCCUCAAGGAAAUUGCUUUUGCAUGGCAUUCUGUGUGUGGCAACUUUUGCAUGUAGCAGCUUAAAAGCAGUUUUCUGGCUUGAGUGAAGCAUUUUUUAAGAAGAAGAAACUUUAUUAAUGAAUGGUCCGGCAGUUUUUGUUGUGGUUGCCUCAGGUGGCAGCUCGAAGUCCUUAGACUCGGGCGGCAUCUUUGGCUUGCCGGACAAAAAGAAAAUGAGAAAAAAAAUUCAUUCGUCAGAAAUGUCUUGCUGCUUUCCUGUUCCGUAUCAUUGGUGCCGUGUACAGACGCAGUAAAGAAGUUCAUGGUGUACAGUUGAGCUUGCUUCUAUGGAUGUUUGAUAUUUAUUAUUUGAACACUUGAAAUACUCUGCUGAAAGGUGCAAGUAAAAACUGAGUUUUCAAUGCGUA